CUUCGGGUUCUGUCACGGUGUCGGCGGUGCCCAGCUCACUGGACCCCCCCCGCUCCGGCGAGCGUGGUAGCCAGAGAGGCUCUCUCAACCCUGCUCUGCGGGGUCUACAGCAGGGCGCGGGUGUCCGGCGGCGAGCCCGUGGGCAGUGGGGGUUGGUCCCGCGGCUCCGGCCCCCGGUGCAGAAUGGCGGCGGCGGUUCGGAUGAACAUCCAGUUGCUGCUGGAGGCGGCUGACUACCUGGAGCGGCGGGAGAGAGAAGCUGAACAUGGUUAUGCCUCCAUGUUACCAUACAAUAACAAGGACAGAGAUGCCUUAAAACGGAGGAACAAAUCCAAGAAGAAUAACAGCAGUAGCAGAUCAACUCACAAUGAAAUGGAGAAGAAUAGGCGGGCCCAUCUUCGCUUGUGCCUGGAGAAGUUAAAGGGGCUGGUUCCGCUUGGGCCUGAAUCGAACAGACACACUACGUUGAGUUUAUUGACAAAAGCCAAAUUACACAUAAAGAAACUUGAAGAUUGUGACAGAAAAGCCAUUCACCAAAUAGACCAGCUCCAGCGAGAGCAGCGGCACCUGAAGCGGCAGCUGGAGAAGCUGGGCAUCGAGAGGAUACGGAUGGACAGCAUCGGCUCCACGGUCUCCUCGGAGCGCUCGGACUCCGACAGGGAAGAAAUCGACGUGGACGUUGAAAGCACAGACUAUCUCACGGGCGACCUGGACUGGAGCAGCAGCAGCGUGAGCGACUCGGACGAGCGGGGCAGCAUGCAGAGCCUGGGCAGCGACGAGGGCUACUCCAGCUCCAGCAUGAAGAGAAUAAAGCUCCAGGACAAUCACAAGACGUGUCUGGGCCUCUAAGAGCGCGGGGUCGCCGUGGCUGCCUCCCGGAGGGCUCUGCCGGCCGAGCGGAUUAGGUAGUGUAUCGGACCCAGCCACAGUCCCCUUGCACGUAAGCUUCCGUGUACCACCUGUACCAGAAUCAGCCCUGUAAACGUUUUCCAGGAAGUGCUUAGGAUUGUGGGUUUGACUGCAUCCACUAGCUUCUC